AAUAGUAACGGAGGCUUCCUGCAGAGAGUCUGUGUAUUCUCCAUUUUUGCUUUCGCUACCUGUGGUGGAUACAGUGGGAAAACAUCUAUAAAUCUCACUUGUCGCACUGGCAAAAAUUUAACACUUAAUGGUGAUUUCUCCUACCCUUUCAGGUUGAACGGUGUUGCACUCGGACCUCUGGAUCCUGGAUUGAACUGCAACAAUACUUGGCCGUCGGCAGUCUACUUGGUGGGAGAUUUCUCCUCCUCUGCACAGUUCUUUGUCGCUUUUGCGGUUCUUGUGUUCCUGUACACCAUCGCAGCCUUAAUACUUUACCUGGGUUACAUGCACUUGUAUCGAGGUACUGGAAAACUCCCCAUGAUUGACUUCAUCAUUACAGUCAUUAUUUCUUUCCUGUGGCUGGUGUCCACGUCAGCCUGGGCGAAGGCGCUUGUCGAUAUCAAAGCAUCCACCGGAUCCAACAUUGUUACAGAAAUUAAAGAUUGUGUUUCACAGCCUGGGUUUUGCCAUUUCAAUGAGAUCAGGAGCAUGGGAUCCUUGAAUGUGUCUGUGGUUGUUGGUUUCCUCAAUCUGAUUCUGUGGGCUGGCAAUGCUUGGUUUGUCUACAAGGAAACUCACCUACAUAACCCUUCCUCCAGCGCUUCUCCAAACGCAACCAGUUCCUCGUCUCCUUCAGGGAUGUGAAGAGUUUGAAAAGGCCUUUGGUAUGGAAAACAACCUCUCGCCUCAGGAUGAUCCUCAUGGCUGUUAUCUUCCUCCCUCCCCCUCUUCCUUUGUGUAAUUGAUGUGUGAAAAAUUGAUGGGUUUCCCUUUUGGGUUUUAUGUUUUGUUCUUGCUCCAACACCGAAGCAUGAGAGGACAGAAUGGAGAGUGGCACCACGCAAGAGGACCAUUGCGCUGUAUCAAAACUUGUUCUCUGCAUUGAAAAAGAGGACUUCGUUGUCUUGGGUUUGGAGGCUCAGCAGAGUUAAUAGAUAGUUGGGUGGGCAGUAUUUCAGCUGAUAGAAGGCAGCCUGCCAUGUGUGUGAUUGGAGUUGAGUUGUCCUGCUCUGUAUGAAGUGUUACCUGUAUCAUGUAUGCUUGCUUAGAAGGAAGUCCCUCUGAAUUCAGUGGGGCUGACUGCCAAGUAAGCAUGCUUACGAUCAUUCCCUAGAGGGGAAUUGCACUUAAAGCAGCCAGCUUCAUACUGAUCUUGCCUCUUUGACUGCUGUGCAGAAAGCAAUAAAUACCUGGGCUUUGCAGUCAGUUCAUGUGGAACUCCAGUCAACCAAAUCCUUAAGAUCUGUCCCUCUUGAGAAUCCUACAGAGCUAGAAACCUUACAGUGCCAGUAAUUGGUCUCCCUGCCCCCCCC